CCAUCGGGUCAUAAUCUAGUUUCUCUUUAAAUUUAGGAUAAACAUGAACAGUUACACAAUCGAUCAACCUUGUUGAAAAACUAAAAGUACAGAACAGAUGGAGAUUUGAAAAUAACUAGAUAAGAUUAGUUGAAGAAUAUAUUUUACUAAUUGAGAAACAACUAGAAAUUAGAAAACUGGUGAUUACUUUCUAUCUUAUCAGAUUAUCUUUCCAAAUUUGCUCUAAAAGAUUCACUUUCCUUCUCCAAAUACGCGCUCUCUUCCUGUAUAAAUACCGACUUAGUUAAUCGUCUUGUAAUAUAAUUACAUUUAACAUCAAAAGAAAAAUUAAGAAUGAGAGGUAAAUAUCUUUCUUUACUAGUGGUGCUGAUUGUCUUGGCCUGUAACGAAGCCAUUGCCAAGAACAGCUCUUCAACACCUAAACUGAAACGAAAUGAUUUCCCAAAAGAUUUUAUUUUUGGAUCUGCAACGUCUGCUUACCAGGUAGAAGGAGCAGCUCAUGAAGAUGGUAGAGGACCAAGUAUCUGGGAUACCUUCUCUGGAAAGUACCCAGAGAAGGUAAAAGAUGGUAGCAAUGGAUCUGUUGCAGACGACUCUUACCAUCUAUACAAGGAAGACGUGGCUUUAUUGCAUCAAAUUGGUUUCAGUGCAUACAGAUUCUCAAUCUCAUGGUCUCGGAUCUUGCCACGUGGGAAUCUAAAAGGAGGAAUCAACCAGGCUGGUAUUGACUAUUACAACAACCUAAUCAAUGAGCUUUUGUCCAGAGGAAUCAAGCCUUUUGCCACAAUUUUCCAUUGGGACACGCCGCAAGCCCUUGAAGAUGCUUAUGGUGGAUUCCGUGGCGCAGAGAUUGUGAAUGAUUUCCGCGAUUAUGCAGAUAUUUGCUUUAAACAUUUUGGAGAUAGGGUGAAGCAUUGGAUGACACUGAACGAGCCAUUGACAGUAGUGCAACAAGGGUAUGUUGCGGGUGUAAUGGCUCCGGGAAGAUGCUCCAAAUUUACCAACCCUAAUUGUACGGCCGGGGAUGGAGCCACCGAGCCUUAUAUCGUAGGUCACAACCUUAUCCUUGCUCACGGAGCCGCCGUCAGGGUCUACAGAAAAAAAUACAAGGCGUUACAAAAAGGUCAAGUCGGUAUUGCUUUGAACGCUGGUUGGAACUUGCCCUAUACAGAAUCAGCCAAGGAUAAGUUAGCCGCGGCACGCGCCAUGGCCUUCACAUUCGACUACUUCAUGGAGCCACUUGUGACCGGUAAAUACCCGGUCGACAUGGUCAACAAUGUGAAAGGCGGUCGCUUGCCUACAUUCACGGCAAAGCAAUCUAAGAUGCUUAAGGGCUCUUAUGAUUUCAUUGGCAUAAAUUAUUACUCUUCAUCAUACGCAAAGGAUGUCCCUUGCUCCACUGAAAACGUUACAAUGUUCUCUGAUCCUUGUGCAAGCGUCACAGGCGAAAGAAACGGAGUUCCCAUCGGUCCAAAGGCUGCAUCGGACUGGCUUUUGAUAUAUCCGAAAGGAAUUCGUGAUCUUGUCCUCUAUGCAAAAUACAAGUUCAAGGAUCCUGUCAUGUACAUAACCGAAAACGGUAGAGAUGAAGCUAGUACCGGUAAAGUUUUCCUUAAAGACAGUGAUAGGAUUGAUUACUACGCUCGACAUCUGGAGAUGGUUAAAGAUGCUAUCUCUGUUGGAGCAAAUGUGAAGGGAUUUUUUGCUUGGUCGUUGCUAGACAAUUUCGAAUGGGCAAUGGGAUACACGGUUCGGUUCGGGCUGGUUUAUGUGGAUUUCAAGGAUGGAUGUAAGAGAUACCCAAAGAAAUCAGCUCAAUGGUUCAGAAAGUUGUUGAAUGGGAAGAAAAGAAUGUGAUGAGAUUAUGCAUCAUUCCAUUUUAUCAACAUCUCUGUUAUUCUGAGAGAUUUACUAUUAUGUUUUUCUACUUUGGAAAUAAUAAGCAGUGGUUAUUUUAUACAACU